AUGUCGAGCAGAAAGGUUGCCGGCACCGACUUUUCCUAUCAGUCCUUCUAUGCCGAAACCAAGUCUAUUCAGCAGGAGCUGGAGAUGCUGCGCGUCACCAUUUAUGAGCAAGAAAUUCGUUUUCGCGAGCUCGAGCUUCAGCUGAAAGAGAAGCAAGAGAGCUUGGAAUUUCUAGCGAACCAAGUAAACAAGCUUCCAAGCUAUUACCCUGUUCAGUCGACUGAUGAGCAAUUAAUUCCAUUGGGCUUGCCAGUGUGGUCCGUUGUUGCUGCAAAAAUGGUUUGGCAACACUUCGAUGGGGAUCACGACGGACAGUUGACUUCCGAGAAGCUUCAUCGACUGAAGGAUCAUCUACGGAAGAAUCACGAAAACGUUGAUGAAGUUCUUCCAGAUUAUUCAGCCGAUCCUUUAACACCCCGCGACUUCCUCAGGCUGUAUGAAUGUGGAGAAGUCGCCAAGUUGUCCGAUGAUCUUCGCUCUCUUGGGGUUUUAUGUGGGUUGUCGGAAUCGAUAGCACUGUCACUCUCAACCUGCGAUGCAACACUGAGGCGCAUAACGAUGGAGUCUUGGAGGGCAAAGACGCGCUUACGAGAAGUCUUCGCAGCGUCAAAGCAAUCUUUGGAGGACCAGGCACGCGACCUUGUUCGAUUACAGCAACAGGAGGCCCACAACGAGCUUGAACUCCGUCUUGCUGAUGAGAAAGCUGCAGCAAAUGCAACGAGUCUGUCGAGGGCAAAACGCGAAUUGUCCUCAGCAAAGCACGCUCUCCUGGACUUGAGAGCGCUAGUCGAUGAGUAA